AUGCACAGGAUCCAGCACAUGCACAACAGCGGGAACAUAUGGUACACCCAGCAGAAUCCGCCCAGAGCCAGGUUGUACAGCUGGAGCCGUCACCCGCGCCCGGCUCUGGGCCCCCAGCAGCGGCCCGGCUCGGCCCCGCUCUACGGGCGCCUCUGCUACGGCGUCCACACGCUUCCCGUUCCCAGAGACUACCCGCUCGGGCCGCUGGAGGAGGGCCUCCAGCUGGGCCAGCCUCGGCGGCUUCCAAGUGGAGCAUAUGCUGGCAAAGAGCGCGGCCGCAAAGGGGAACGAGAGUGGCGGGGCAAAUGCGGCUGGCGCCAAAGGAAGGAGGAACAGGCCAAGCCGAACCCGACGGGCCCGGAGUCGACAGCCGCCAACGUCCCGGCAGACCUGACCUACGAGUCGUCGUGCCAGAGCCACACCAGCUUCUCAUCGAACCAGCAGGAUGGCCGACCGGGGUCGUCCCAGACCCAGGUCAGCACCGGCGCCACCAGCACCACGGCGGACGACAUCGACACCGACUCCUCCAUCCCCUCCAUGUCGGAGCAGAACUACUCCACUAGUAGCCAGAUGAGCAGCGUGAACUCCCCCGCCUAUGUCAAGGCAGACUCCUACAGCAUAGUGGGCUCGCUGAACCCGGGCGGGAUGGGGGUGUGCAUCAAUGGGACCGGCGCCGGCGGCGGGUUGCAGCUGCUCAACAUGGCAACGCUGAAGGCCAGAGACGCGCCCCUGCAGACUUUCGGCGACGGAAAAGCCCCAGCGUCCGAAGCCCCGAACCCUCAGCCGCUCCGGAUGGAAGAACUCCUCAACAUCCGCUUGGACCGGGUCACCUCGGACCUGUCGCAGCCGCCCUACGACUCGCUGCAGACUUACGAGUUCGAGGGCCGCGACUCCAGGGCCGAGUCGCUGAGCUCGCUGGAGAGCGACGGCGACAAGGAGGGCGAGCGGGCAGCGGGGGAGGCCUGGACGAGCUCAACCAGAAGUUCCAGAGGCUGGUGGAAAUCAUCCGCGAGAGGCAGAAGGAGAAGAAGAAGACGACGACACAGAGCGGCGAGGCGGCGGAGACCACAGAGACUCAGAGACAGGGCGAGGACACAGAGAAACAGCUGCAGAGAUGGGAUUUCUAGAUCCCCUGUAAGAGACGAGCGUGAGCGAAGAGGAAAAUCUUUGAUAAUGACGGAGUUUAAACACACACAAACACGGGGGGAAAAAACAUUCCUCUGACACAAAUGAGCUUUCCAUUUUCUCCCUGACGUCAAGAAUCAAGGCAAACCGGGAGUGCAGAUCUGUGAUCAGUGUGUAGCUUUCACUUUCACCGGGUUUAGAAACGGGAACCCGUCACUUUUCACACCAAACAUUAAUAAUGCAAACAGGGCUUUAAAAGUUAGAGAUAUAAAUAAUGUUUGUUUUUUUUAUAUAUAUAUAUAAGCACUCCAAAAAUUGUUGGAGAAUAUGUUCUAUCAAAGAGUGAAUAGUUAUUUAAGUCAGUAUGUGACGUUUUUUGGCUCCAAAACUGGAGACGCCACAUGACUAAAAUGACCAAAAAUAUUUAUAUCCCUUAAAUCUUUUCACCUUACAGCAGGGCUGGAUAAUAAAUCCAUAACAAAAUCACGGUAGACACAUGAUCAAUAUCAAUCGAUAAAACAUCUGAUAGAAUAUUCAAUAUAUAGAAUAUUCACUGAAGCAGAGGAAAGGUUUCGUCCAUCGUCAUAUCGUCCAGCUCGAUCAGCAACAAACUUCGGUGUGUUUCACUGAGAUUUUGCGUGAUAGGUAGACAGUAACAAUUUGUCCCAGAAGUCAUUGCG